AUGGGACUGCUCCUUCUGGCCUACCUCCUCGCGUCCCUCACAGAGAGCAGAAAAAAUGAUAUCCUUUACGGUGACAUCAUUUCGUUUAACAAUCUAAACGACGAGAAGAACCUGCGCUAUUACGGGUCUGGCUCGCCGGACAAGUGCUACUGGUGGUACUUCCUCAGCGAAGACUUCUUCGAGAUCGUCUAUUUGGGGGGGGACGAGCCGGCCAAGAGGCGGAAAGGGGGGAAGGCGGAAAAGGGAGGGGCAGGACCGAAAGAGAAACCGACGGGAGUGGAAAAAGGGGAUGAAGUGGCCGGGAAAGGCGGGGUAGACAGAAGAGAUCCCCCUGGAAGGAGCAUCACCAUCACGAGCGACGACAUAUGCGCAAGUGAAAUUCUCAUCCUGUUAAAUAAAAAAAAGGCUGCGUGCAAAUCUGUUUCUUCCUUCUUCGUGCGAGUGAACAGCCAAGGAGAGGAGAAGAAGUACAUCGCCGUGGAGUACCUUGUCAGUAGCCAAAUCUACAUGGUCAGCAGCGGCAUCGUCAUGUAUAAAAAUCAAAAUGAGAGCAAAAAUUUGUAUAUCAUUUCGGACAGUGGGAAGAAGAUAAGCAUCUUAGAAACUAGCCAUUUUAACCUAUUCUUCGAUGAGAGGUACUUGCAGCAUGCACACGUUAAACAUGGGAGGGGAGAGUUAGAACUGCAGCUGAGGACGAAGGGGAAGGUGGGCAAGACGAGGGUUAUCAUAGCGCUUCCGAACAAAUGUAAGCCCCUCUUUUUCGUCGUCACUGUGUUUGUGUACGAGUGGCUCUCCUUGUUGCCUCACGGGGUAGACUUCCCGGAAGGGGCCCUCGUGCGGCUCAUCCUCAGGAGGGAGCGUCCCCCAGCAGGGAAGAACAACCAUACUGACUAUGAAAGUGGUAAUGUACAUGACGAUGCCAAAUAUAGCGAUGGUGACCGCUUCUCCUGCACAGCCCUCACCAAGAGACACGUCCUGCGUGCGUCUCCCCUCCGCAGAAGAGUAACAAUCUCCUCGCUGCUAAGCAAACAUGUGGAGGGAAGACACCCCAUAAGGCGAAGUACCAGUGUGAGGCUAACCAACUGCAUAAGGAAAAACUACGUGGAGAUUUCCCCAAAUGGGUACCAAAUUCAGCAGAGCCGAAGCUACGACAUCGUGUCCGAGGAAGUGCUAAAAAUUAAGGAGGGCACCAGUGGGAGGAGCCUACACAUAAUUGUCAAAAAUUUGCACAGCGGGCAAGUUUUCUCCUCCCGUGUGAACAUCCAUAGGGUGGCGAAGAGCAAGCUCGCCUGUUUCGGCUUCAUCGGGGGGGAACCCCCGGGGAGUGGUACCCCCAAUAGGGGCGCGGUUGAAGGCGAAAUUGAGAUGAUCAGGGCCCACUUCUUCUACAGAGAGCACUACUACGUGGAUAACCUACAUGUGGAGUCCUUCUUCCAGCCGAAUGCACAAGCGGGGCAAACGGACGGAGGGGAAAAGCUCACCCUCCGCAGGAAGUACCUCUGCCUCAUGCAGCUCUACGGAGAGGGAGGCGCGAAGCUGCACGGCGUGUACACAAGCGGGGACGUCAAACUGACCGUCUCCUCCAAAAGCCACAAGUUAAGCGUCCUCCCUCUGCACUUCUUUCCCGAGUAUGGGGCUUACUACUUCAUGCCGAUACGCAAAGGGGGGGAAGUUUCUCUCGAGAUGACCUACAGGGGGGACUACGCCUCCAGAAAGGACCUGUUCAUAUCCGCGCCGGUAAAGUGCCACGUGAAGGGGGGGGCCCUCUCUAUGUCCACUCUGUUUGUGCUCCCCGGCGAGACGAUACGUUAUCAGUGCACCGGGGGGGGGAGUACAGCCAAUAGGCAACCCGGCAGUAGGCACCCCCCCAAUAAGCGCACCCUCAAGCUGUACAACUGGGGGGGCAACCUAGACGCCCACGCGGACGAAACGAAGUUGCACAUAUCUGUGAGGAAGCCCCCACCAGGGGGGAGCACCCCCCCCCAGGGGAAUAGCCACAGAAGGAGGCACACCAAAGGCACCCCACCCAGCGGUAAAAACAGAUUCGAUAUAAUAUGCCUGCUAAUUUGUGACGAUCCCCAUUUGAAUAAUUGCUUCCUGAGCACUGUGUAUGUGGGAGACCGGGUAGUGCAUCUCUCCGCUAUUGCCCAGAAGAGUAUCCUCGAGGAGAACGAAGUUACUAAUGUGUAUAUAUUCAUGCGCCUGGGUUGGAUGACAAUGAAGGCGCAGCGUGCAGGUGGAAUGGCCCUACUGAAGAGGGGCCAAAAUGGGCGCUUCAAACGGAGGGAAGCUUUACAGGGGGGGACACCCAUCAGCAGCUGCUUUGACGUAGUACGUCACCACAUGAAGAUAAAGCAUGACAGGAACUACCUGGAAGUUGUAAAAAAACAUGCGGGCUUUCUCAAAUUGGAAGGCGCUUACCAAAACGCAUGUGCGUAUUACCAAUUGAGAGGGAAAAGGGAGAAGAGGAAGAUCCCACUCCGCAUGGAAUACACACAGGAGAGGAGCGUAGACACACAAAUGACUUUUGGAGUGUUUAAAAAAGUUAAAGGCAUUAUCUGCCACGAUUUUGUGUGUAGCAAAUUUGUGAAGUUUGGGCAGAUGGCCCAUCUGAUUGUGUACGACGGGUUUGCAGUCACCCCACACAGGGUUAGCAUAUCCUCCGAGGGUACUUUCCCCGAGUUGACUCUUAAACGAAAUCGAUUCCUCAACGAGAGGAGGGGCCUUCCCGCAGCUGCACCCCUCUUCAGCAGGCUGUUCCUUGGGGAGAAGUUUCAAAGUGAAUUCUACCUGAGUGAGCAGCGCAUGGGUAUUGCCCCACACAGGAAUAUUUUUACUGGAGAGCUUUUUCACGAAAAUGCGAAGGAGCAAUACAUCCCCGUGUGGAGGUUAUACAAUAGACGUCUGUUCGAAUACGACUUUAGGCCCAAAUGGGGAGUCCCCCCACGAGGAAGACGAUCAAAGGGAAGUCCUUUCCACAGAGAGGGAACACCUCACUCCGUUUUUCCCCCCGCCAAGGGGCACUCUCCGCCACUCCCAUAUGAACCCUUCUUCCCCAUCAAGCAGUACUACACUAUACGAUGCGAUAGGGGGGAAAAAAAACACGUGACGUUAAACAUCCUAGUAAAGAUGAAAACGUGGGGGAUUGGAACCCCCCAAGUUGUGACGGAGAACCAUUUGCCCGUCCAUUUCAAGUACCCCUCGUCCAUCCAAGUGACCAUUUUUAGCAAAUAUGUGCAGAAGCUCCAAAUGGUGGAGGGCUCAAAAUUGACGCUUUACAAAAAUGUGGACUACUACAUGAAGGCCUUCCUCGUGGACGAAGAUGAAAAUGUGAUUCUCACCAACGAGCCGUUUCGCUACACUUUGGAGGAAGACCCUUCUUCAGGGGACCUCCUCAAAAUGUGCCUAAAGGGGAAGUCCAGCAACUUCCAAAUGACAAAGGAGAAAAGAAAAAAUUUGAUUAAGACGAACAGUAAAAUUUUGAUAAACUGCAGUGACGAAGGGGUUGAGAAGGAUGAUAUGGGUGGACCCCCAAACGGGAUGAACCCCUUUGCAGCCUGCUCAGCUGGGAAAUUUCUCCUAACAGUGGAGUAUUCCUCCCGUGAUGGUGAAGGCGGAGCCAUUUCACACCACUUUCAAAAAUAUGUGUUUCUUCACUUUUGCGAAAGAAUGCGCAUCUGGUAUGAGGACCAUUUGGUUUUGUUUUUCUCUCCGCAUGUGUAUUACUCACUGCCCAUCUGUACAUCGGUGGACAGCGGUGGGUGUCCCCUGCACGCGCUGAGAUACUCCGUCAGGGGGACCAACCGGAUCAGCGUGCUGCCGCCCCCCGAGGGGGAGAAGCUGCGCGGGGGGAGCGACCAUCACGAUGUUGGCGGCCAUCACAAUGUUAGUGGCCACCACGUGAAAAGAACCAAACCAAGGGCGACCAUCGUAGAUUUGGAGCGCCCCAAGUCCCCCCCGGAGAAAUGCACCCGCGUGUACGUCAACUCGUCGUUCCAGGCAAACGCAAUUCUGACGAUACAAAACAUGUUGGUGCACGAAAUGGAUCACCUUGAGAUUCGUUUCUCAUUUUCCAAAUUGGCGAGGGUAGAGGUAUCCCUGCUCGCUCGAAAUGCAGAAGGGGGGGACCAAAUGGCAGUUCCCAUGAGGGUCCAAUUUUUUGACAAGUAUAAUAGAAAGGUCAGUAUGCUCCCCACGCAGGAGCUGCAGGUGAAGCUGACCUACGAUUAUAACAAGCGGGUAGAGAUGACCCCCCUGAGUUGGUCUCCAGAGGGGUGGAAUGAGCAAGCGGACCAGCUACAAACGCCACAACGCAGCACAACGGAAAAAGCUACCGCCGUAUCGACGGACAUGUUCUUCCAGCUGCGCAGCUCACAUGAAGGCAAAUACUACAUACAAGUGGAAGUGAAGUAUAAGCUGGCCAACAGACUCAUCUCCAUUUGGUCAAACAUGACGCGUCUAAUUGUGUAUUCAAGGGGGGUUUCACUUUACGGGGGAGGAAACUCCAUUUUGAUACACUCCUAUCAGCAGACCGUGGAAAUCCCCGUCCAGCUAUGCCACCCGCUCAUACAUAAAGUUGUGUGCCUUUCAAAAAAUGAAAAACUAGUGGCGGUGGAGGGAGUGUUCAAGUUGCCUGGGGAGAAGUGCAUCCACGUAUGCUCCAUCAAAUCAGGCAGCUCUGUGGGAAAAACGGCACUUCACGUUUUCCCCAUUUUUGAAAGUUACUACACCGUUUUCAGCCAACAAAAGGGAAGGGCAAAUUUAAAAAACAUCCAAAAGUUGGAAGCGGACUUUCACGACGUGGAAAAGUAUUAUCAUCACUAUGUGGAGCAUCGCAGGGGAAGCAAAAAAUGCCACAUCACGGAUGCACACACUUGCGAAGAAGUGGAAGAGGAGAAAAAAUUGCGAAAGUUUUUUUUUCUCAAAUUUGACGUGACGGUUGAUUAUGUACGAUCCAUGAGGCUGUUUGCAGAGGACACCAUUCGGUUGGUUCCCAAUGAGGAGGUAGAGACCUUCGCCAGGUUUUAUGGCGGAGGGGGGGACGCGCGCCCGUUCCUCUCGCUGGACUUUCGCCUGAUUUACGAGCGCACAGCGGAGUUGUUCCAGGUGGAGUAUUUUGUCAACGAUGGGAGCGUCCUGCUGGGGGGGGGCGAGCGUGACGGUAAGGCGGCACGCCAAUCACUUCAAUCACGCCAAUCGCAUGGCCAACCGGAUGGACCCCCCCCCGCGAGACGCACAAUCGUCACCGAUUUAAGGGUCUCCCCCGAUGCGUUCCUUUCCAUCGUGGCGCGCAGCGAAGGGCGCUUCUUCCUGUACGCGAAUUUUACCAAAUAUAGUGGCAGCUCCCACCAGGGAGAAGUCAUCCACUCCCAGGUGUAUAACUUAGUUGUUCAGCGACGUGAGACACAGCGAAUAGCUCUGCCAGUCGUGCACCUCAGCAGUAGCGGCGUUUACAAAUUCGAUCGAAGCUUUCACUGCCUGGCAAUUCUGGCGCACUGGACUUAUGAGCAGCGCCUCCCCCUAUCAGCAGGAAAAAACGUGCGCACGGAAAGGAGGGCCAUCACACAUAAUGCUCAUUACAGGAACGGACAUGAAAAUAUUUACAAAAAAUUUCUCGUCAACAUAACGGAGAUUUCCUCUCUGAAGGUGUUCAACUAUUGCGGCAAAUUUAUCCCCUUGAAUGUGGUUCAGUACCUGUCCAUCCGUUUGUAUAGUGUAAAUAUGGAGAGAGUGCUUCCCCCCCUGAAUGGCCAGCUGUACGUACACGUGUCGCACCCCACCGUGUUAACGGUCAGGACGCUUGGCCCCAAUCACCUGUUUGUGGUGCCGCACAGGAUGGGCUGCUCCUUCGUCCUCGUCCGCUUCGAGUUGCACCCGGGGGGUCACCCCGCAAAAGGUCCGCUAAAUAAUGGGCGAACUAAUCCGAGAGCUGAUUUACCCCCUCAAGCGGGUGGCCAACCCUCCCCAACGACGAAAAUGCACUUGUGCGUCACAAAGCGGGUGCCAACAAAAUACUUUCGGCGAAGAAAAAAUUGCUACUACCUCAACAGGGUGUACAAACUGCUCGGUCGUUACUCGCACCGGUUUUUCGAGCAGCCCUACCUGUGUGUGGAUUCUGUCUCGAGGGAGGAAGCCAAGGUGGACCAAGUCAGCAGUGGUCUACUAAGCAAGUCCAAUUUUAAUCGCGCCUAUAAACAUGAUGACGCUAUUUACAUGGUAAACGAAUUCGAAGACCUUUUCCAGCCCCCUACGGGGCACCUCUCGGUCAUUAAUGACCACUGCUCGGGGCUGAAGCUAUGA